AUGUUCGCGUGCUACGCAUUCAAUAAUGGAGGCUGUCCUUUGUCUCAAGACCAGUGUUUGUCCGCCCAUCUAGUCACAGGACCUGGCAAUCAAUACCUCCAGAUUCGUCACUCCAACUUGAAGCUAUCUGAUGCUCCAAUCGCUGAGGCCGCAGCCAGAGCGGGAUUUGAUUGCAGCAAUUGGCCCAAGCUCAAAGGCCUCAUUGAUGCCGUCCGUGCUGUCGAUACACCAGUCUCUUACCCCGAUCGCUGGACGGGACCUGCGGCUUUUAGAUCCGAUAUCUAUCCCGAUCAUUGGAAAGCUGACCUCAUGAGAGAACGGAAAGGAGUCACCCAAGCCUACCGAGACGUCGUCAGAACCCCUUCGGUACCAGCUUUUGUUGUGAGUGCCAAGGAACUCAUCAAGAAUAUCAACUCAACCACUCGUUCGGCACGCACGCCCGCCACAGGCACAAACAACGUUGCCUUGGGACCUCGUGCAUCGAAUAAACGGAACGCGGAUGUCAUUGACCUCCUCUCCUCGUCACCAAAGCGAGCAAAAAUCGAACCACCCGCUACACCCAAUGUCAUCGACCUUACUCAGGAUGAAAACCCUACUAUCAAGUUCAUCCCUAGUCGUCGUCUAUCCUCGCGACCAGCCCUUGCAGAUAUCACAAAUUGUGGCACUGGCUCCAAGAACUCUCAGAAACGCCGCAAGAACCUCCGCCCUUCGCGAGAGCAAGACAUCCACCGUGAAAGCCUCGGGUUGUUGGCGAAGAUCGCGUGCUAG